CCCGCCCCCGCCGCCAGAGGUUGGGGAAGUUUACAUCUGGAUUUUCACACAUUUUGUCACCACUGCCCAGACUUUGACUAACCUUGUGAGCACCGGGUUUUCGGUACUGCAGCCUCCUCAAAUUUUAGCACUGCCUCCCCGCGACUGCCCUGUCCCCGGCCGCCCGCCGAGGUCCUGCCCUCGCCCCGGCGCAGCGCGAUCCCGAGGGCGCAGUAGAGCCUGGGGCCUGGGGCCCUCGCUGAGCAGCUAUGGCUGCGGCGAUAGCCAGCUCCUUGAUCCGGCAGAAGCGGCAGGCGAGGGAGUCCAACAGCGACCGGGUGUCGGCCUCCAAGCGCCGCUCCAGCCCCAGCAAAGACGGGCGCUCCCUGUGCGAGAGGCACGUCCUCGGGGUGUUCAGCAAAGUGCGCUUCUGCAGCGGCCGCAAGAGGCCGGUGAGGCGGAGACCAGAACCCCAGCUGAAAGGGAUCGUGACAAGGUUAUUCAGCCAGCAGGGAUAUUUCCUGCAGAUGCACCCAGAUGGUACCAUUGAUGGGACCAAGGACGAAAACAGCGACUACACUCUCUUCAAUCUAAUUCCUGUGGGCCUGCGUGUGGUGGCCAUCCAGGGAGUGAAGGCCAGCCUCUAUGUGGCCAUGAAUGGUGAAGGCUAUCUCUACAGUUCAGAUGUUUUCACUCCAGAAUGCAAAUUUAAGGAAUCUGUGUUUGAAAACUACUAUGUGAUCUAUUCUUCCACACUAUACCGCCAGCAAGAAUCAGGCCGAGCAUGGUUUCUGGGACUCAAUAAAGAAGGUCAAAUUAUGAAGGGAAACAGAGUGAAGAAAACCAAGCCCUCAUCACAUUUUGUACCGAAACCUAUUGAAGUGUGUAUGUACAGAGAACCAUCACUACAUGAAAUUGGAGAAAAACAAGGGCGUUCAAGGAAAAGUUCUGGAACACCAACCAUGAAUGGAGGCAAAGUCGUGAAUCAAGAUUCAACAUAGCUGAGAACUCUUCCCUUCUUCCCUCUCUCAUCCCUUCCCCUUCUCUUCCCUCCCAUUUACCCAUUUCCUUCCAGUAAAUCCGCCCAAAGGAGAGGAAAAUAAAAUGACAACGCAAGACCUAGUGGCUAAGAUUCUGCACUCAAAAUCUUUCUGUGUGUAGGACAAGAAAAUUGAACCAAAGCUUGCUUGUUGCAAUGUGGUAGAAAAUACACAUGCACAAAGAUUAGCACACUUAAAAACAAAGGAAAAAAUAAAUCAGGACUCCACAAACAUUAAAUUAAACUGUAUUGUUAUGAGUAGAGAUCUAACUGUAAUUAAGACAUUAAUAAAGGUGAAAUAAAGUUAUUACUUUAAAGGAAAGGGUUUUGGAGAAUUGAACUCAGAAACUGAUGUUGUAUACUAAACAGCUUAAACUCACGAUAAUGCUGCAAUGUGUGGUUUUCUUGAUUUUGUAUUUUAUUUGGGCAUCUGGAAUUGACACACCAUUCUAUUCUGUUUGCAGGAUUUUUUUUAACCAUGAAAUUGAACAUUUUCAAAUUAUAAACUAUUCAACAGACAGGAUUGUGUGAUCAGUUUAAAGCAGCGAAAAAGAACUCGGUGUAAGAGAAAGCAAAUAGAUAGCUAAUACUAAAGCAUAUAAAAAUAUAUAGCCAGGAACUAUUUAUCAUCAAGAAAAGUGUAAGAAAUUAUUUUUGAGGAUGUAAUUUAAGAUUGUUUUAUGUACAAGGAAAGUCUUUUAUUGACUCUAAUAAUAGCCUUAACAAAUUUAAUUAUUUCAUAAAAAUAAUUUCAAAUUAUCCUGGAGUAUAACAUUUUUAUCAAAGAUAUUAUUUCAGGAGUUUUUUUUUUUUUUUUGUAGUAGUAGUAGUAGUUUAGGAAAAAAGUUACUGUUCUAAUGCUGAAGUGACUUUUGGGAAUUCUUUGCCAGUGCCAUGUUCAGGUGGUGAGGUAUAAGUUACUUGCUGUUAGCAUGUGGUCUGAUUUUUUGCUUUGUGGACACUUUUGAGAGUAUAAGCACAUGUUUUAGAAAGGUUUUACCCUGUCUUGCAGCAGGGAAGAAAGAAGAGGGGUUUUACAUAAGGAAAUAUGUCCUAGGAAAUGAGUCAAUGCAAAUUGCAUUUGCCUUUGUACCUUACCAGGGUCUUAUAUCGUUUUUCAAACUCUGCCAUGAAAUUGGGAGACAUGACUGUGAAAUUCCUAACUUACUGUCUUAUGAAGCCAGUAGCUUAUUUGUUGCUAUAUAUAUAUAUGCCAUUUACAAGUCCAGUUAGCAAUUCGUUUGUUUCCUAGAACACAUAAGGGUAUCAGUAAUACACUAAAUGUUCAAAGGGUGUAGAGAAAUAAUACAGAAUUCAACAACUGUGGCUCCAACAGAUACGAUUCUGUGAGCAGUUUAAAGUAGUGAAAAAGAACUCAGGGUAAGAGAAGGCAACAACAGUUAAGAAUACUGAAGUAGUUUUAAAAAUCAGGGAAGAAAUAAAUGUUAUAUAAUUUGCAUUGGAAUAAAUAGAUCUAUUUAGUCCUACAAAUCAGGAGCAGUAUAGAGACAUCAAAAUUUAAAGGGAAAAAACACACAAAACAAUGUGAAAAAUGUAUGCAGAUUUGUGGAUAUUAUCAAUGAGAAGACAUAGCAUGUAACUUCUCCUAUAUCUCUACUGUCCAGCAUGUAUUGUUCCAAAUAUGACUCCCUAAAAUAUAUACACUCUGCAGAAGCUCUAGGCCCUCACCUCAAACCUUGCCAUUGGUUGCUGUAUUUCAAGGUCAGCAUCGUUUCCCUCACUUUACACAGUCAUUAUUCUUCAAUAGUGGAUCAUAUUCUUUACCAAGUAUCCUAUUUUUAUUAUCUAGAGGUGAGCAGAAAAUGAAGGAAUUUGCUUAAGCAGUUGGGAAGGAACAAAUGUUAUGCAUCUAGGCAAUGAUUUUGAAGACAUAUUUGCAAGAGAUAUUUGUUUAACCAAAAUAUUUGGAAAGUAACAAAGACAUUUAAAUUUUCUAAAAACGGACUUGCUCUUAUAGGAAAAGAAUACCCCUGGGGACAAGAUGUCACUCUAGCUGCAUUUCCUCUUGUCACUCUUGAUUCAACUGGAUUACAAACAUACCUGUCACCACUAGAACC